AUGACCACCCAGACCCAGAAGAGCGAGGUCGUCGACACACCCGCGCCAGGCGACACUUACCGCCCCAUCACAAUCCCCGCCGGCGACCAUGGAACCCUGCGGGGUAUCGAGAUCGUCGCCUCGGACGGCACAGCGCGAGCGCGCCGAUUCUGCCAAGUGCCCUAUGCUCAAGCGCCGGCUGGCGAGCUGCGAUGGAGGAAGCCUGUUCCCCUCCCCAACGACCAUGACUGGAGCGGCGUCGAGGGAGACAAGUUCGGAUACAUCGCCCCGCAGCCGACGUACGUCAUGAAGAACGAUGCGGGGGACGAGUUCCCUUCUGGCGUCCCCGGAGCAGUGGCGAACGAGGACUCGCUCACGUUCAACGUUUGGACGCCGCCGGGUGAGCCACCCGCCGGCGGCUGGCCGCUGUUCGUGUGGAUCCACGGCGGAUGGCUGCAGAUCGGCGCCAGUGGUAUGACGGACCGGACCGACCCCAGCUGGGGACUGGGUGACGGAGCGCUCAAGGCAGUAGUGGUCAUGCCGGCGUACCGACUCGGUCUGUUCGGCUUCCUGGCGAGCGAGGAGAUCCGCGCCGAGAACGACGAUGGAACAGCAGGCAACUUUGGCUUCUGGGACCAGCGCCUCGCCCUCGAGGUCAUCAAAGCGAAUGCGGCCAUCUUCGGCGCUAACGGGGACAACCUCACGCUCGGAGGACUGUCCGCGGGCGCCUACUCUGCCCAGAUGCAGAUCGCGUACGACCUGCGCCAACCGCAGCCGAUCGUGAAGCGUCUCAUGCUUUGGAGCAACACGCUCCCGGCGCAGCCGAAGAGUCUCGCAGAGUCGCAGCCUGGAUUCGACGGUCUCUGUGAGAAGUUCGGCGUAACUGGCUCCGGCGAGGAGAAGAUGAAGAAGCUCCGCGCGAUCCCGAUGCAGGACCUGGUCGACGCGGUGCUCCAGCUCAAGAUCCACACCUUCCGUGCCGUCACCGACGACGCCUUCAUUCCCUCCGACCUGUAUGCGAGCUUCCACGAUGGCCGCCUCGCCGCCGCGCUUAAGAAGUAUAACAUUCCCGUCCUCCUGGGUGAGGUGGCAGAGGAGGAGCUGCUGUAUGGAGUGACAAACCCGCCUUCGUCGCGGGCAGACCUCCGAACCCAGCUGGACAACUACUAUUGUCCUGCGGUUGUGCAACGCCUCCUCGACUAUUACGACCCGCAGCUGCCUCCUGACCAGGGCGAACUGGAGCGCGGCUCAGAAGAGUGGAAAGCCCUCCGCGCCAAGUUUGGCGAGAUCACGGCCAGCGGUCAGGUCUACGUCCCCGAGCGCGCACUCGUGCGCUCCCUGGUCGCCGGCGGCGUGGACCCCAACAACAUCCUGCGGUACCGCGUUGCGUGGAAGCCAGACGCAUACGCCAAGAUCUCCCUGUUCGGAGAACACGUCACGCAUGCGGAUGACUAUUGGUGUUGGUGGUACGGUGCGCGCUUCGGGUGGACCGAGAAGGACAAGAAGGUCAACCGCGAGUGGCUCGCGCCGCUCCAGCUCUUCCUCGAGGGACGGCACGAGGAAGCUGCGAAGGAGUGGUACCAGGGCAAAGAUGCCGAUGGGCGCAAACUGAGGGAGAUCCGCGAGGGCAAGAUUGGUGUCGCCGAGGAUGACCGUUGGGACGAGUGCAUGCGCAUCGCGGAUGCUAUUGCGGGCAAGUAG